AUGAAUAUCCUUUGCCCUGAAAGUGUUUCAGCCAAUCAGAGAGCUUCUUCAGGGUCAGAAAUCUGCAACACAGCUCAAGAGAAAAUGGCAACGAAAGCUGAGAUUGUAUCUAAGGACACCAUUAAGCCAUCCUCUCCAACCCCAAAUCAUCUUAGAGACUUCAAAAUCUCCCUUCUUGAUCAAUUGGCUCCUCCAAUUUACGUUCCUGUUGUCCUGUUUUACUCUGCCUCUGAUGUUACUACUUUCGGAAAUGAUAUCAGAAUGAUAUCUGACAAGUUAAAGUCUUCUUUAUCAGAUAUCCUUACUCUCUAUUACCCAUUUUGUGGAACAUUGAAAGGAAAUUCAUUGGUUGAUUGCAACGAUGUUGGUGUCCUUUACGUUGAGUCUAAAGUCCCAACUAAACUCUCAAAUAUUCUCAAAAAUCCCCAAGUUCAUGAGAUAAUUGAACUUUUUCCAUUUGAUCCCUACAACCCUUUAAUAUUAUUAGAUGAUCAUAGCAAGAAACCUGCUAGUAACAUGGCAGUUCAAGUGAAUGAAUUCAGUUGUGGGGGGAUAGGAAUUGGUGUGUGCUUCUCACACAAGAUUGCUGAUGGUUCAACAGCUGCAUCAUUCCUCAAUGCUUGGGCUGCAACAUCAAGGGGACAACAUGGAAACAACAUAUUGGAACAACCUCAAAUUGAAUCAGCCUCCUUGCUUUUCCCACCAAGGAACAUAAACAUGGACAUAACUCGUGGCAUGACUGGCCACAAAAACAUUGUAACGAGGAGGUUCAUAUUUAAUGACACAAACUUAUCUAGACUGAGAGAAAAACUUGGCUGCUUCAAUCCCACCCGUGUAGAAGCCGUGACAGCACUCAUAUGGAAAUCAGCAACGGAAGCAGCAAGAGCAAGUUCAUCUAUGGUGUCUCAUGCAGUGAACAUUCGCAGUCGAAUGGCCUCACCAUUGUCGAAGAAUUUGUUAGGAAAUCUUUGGCAACAAGCUGCUUCACCAGUUAUGGAAAUGGAAAGGGUGAAAGGGUUGCAUGAUUUGGCAGAGAUAGUAAGAAAAACGAUAAGAAAAGUUGAUGCAGAUUAUGUAAGUAAGCUUCAAGGUCAUGAGUUACCUAAGGUUAUUGAAUCUUUACAUGAAGCAAGGAUAAUGGUGUCCGAAAAAGGUAUUUCAUGUUAUAGUUUUAGCAGUUGGAUAAGAUUUGAUUUUUAUGAAGCUGAUUUUGGAUGGGGAAAGCCAACCUGGGUGUGUACUAUUGGUGUGCCUAUUAAAAAUGUGGUAAUUUUGAUGGCUACAAAAAAUGGGGAUGGAAUUGAGGCAUGGGUAACCUUGACUGAACAUGAUAUGGUUGAAUUUGAGCGCAAUCCAGAACUUCUCGAGUUUGCAUCAUUUGAUUUUUAG